CUUUCUUUCAUGCCCAGAUACAAAUAUAAACCUCUGGAUAAAACCAGUAGAAAUUCAGACGAGAGGACUGUCGGAGGAUUUAUUGCCAAUGGUUGCUUUCUUUCAUGCCAAAGUACAACUGUAUGCCUCUGGCUGAACCUUUAGACAUUCAGACGAGAACCAGAAAGAGAGAUUCUAUGAAAGAAAUUGAACCCCCCGAGGUGAAUCGAUCGCGAACCUUCUGAUCUGGCGUCCCGACGCGCUGCCAUUGCGCCUCAACUCCCUUUGUUGUCUAAUUUGCAAAUAAAACUGAAUUCCUUGUUCAACUGGUGCCAAAAAUCUCUGAUCCCUGGAGCAACCAAUAGUGCAUAGCCAACUCACUUUCCAAAAUCUUUCUUAACUCGUUUCCAUCCUCAGAAAUCUUUCUUCACUUGUGGAUUAUGUGAUACAUUUCCGCCGCCCACGCCUCUUCUCAAUUCUUUACUUUCUUCUUCCACUAACCAUAACCAUGGCAGCCUCUUCCACUUUCUUUACUCCCUCUUUCUCUUCCUUCCGAACCCACCAACUUUCUCCCUCCAACAUCUCCUUCCAAGGCCUCAGACCCCUCUCCACCAAACCCAAAUCUUCCCUCCCCUACCUCUCCACCUCUUCAAAAAAAUCCAACGGUGGCGCCAUCAAAGCUGAGCUCAACACUUCUCUUGUUAUCAGCCUCAGCACUGGCCUCUCCUUGUUCUUGGGGAGGUUCGUCUUCUUCAACUUCCAGAGAGAGAACGUGGCCAAGCAAGGUUUGCCUGAGCAGAAUGGACUCUCCCACUUUGAAGCUGGAGACACUCGUGCCAAGGAAUAUGUCAGUCUCUUGAAAUCUAAUGAUCCUGUUGGCUUCAACAUCGUUGAUGUUCUUGCCUGGGGCUCUAUUGGCCAUAUUGUUGCUUACUACAUCUUGGCUACUUCUAGCAAUGGCUAUGAUCCCAAGUUCUUCUGAUUUUGUUCAUCAAGUGUAACUUCAUUGUUAUUUGUAUACUGGAAAUUACUCUGUUGUGGUGGUGGUGCUGUGUAUUUCUCUUAAUGCUCCGGUUAAUUGUUUUGCAAAAAAUGUUCCUAUUGUUUCA